AACCGAAGACGAUUGAAUCCAUCCCCAACUGUUUCUGUGUCUUUACUCGGGUUUGGUUUGGAUAAUCUAAACAAGAAAACUAAAAUCCUUAAGUGUAUUUAAAAAUAGUCAAUUUUUUAAUAUUAUGUCAAACUGAAGAAUAUUUUAUUUAUUUCAGUUCAGAACAAUGAGAAAAUAAGGAAAGAUAUUUGUUGUAAAUCUGAUUAAGUUAUAAUCAAGAUUGUUCCAGAAUUAUGAGUGAUACAGGAGAAUCUAGUGGUGGAGGAUCUGACCAGCAGCUGGAGGAUCAGGACUGGACCGGGUCCGAGGACGGAUCAGAGGAUGGAGGAUAUGCGGAAUAUUAUUCAUUUAAUGACGACGAGGAGGGGAGAGCAUCACAGUUUAACAACAACGACGACCCUGAAUACUUCAGCUACGAAUGUUUAACGGUGUUAAAUGUAGAAAAGAUAUUUAACGAGUCCAUAGAGCGUGUUAAAUCUACUCUAGGCGUCUCACACGCACGAGCAAAACAGAUUCUUCACACCUGUAAAUGGAAUAUUCCUGAAAUUAUUAGCAAGUAUUCCCCUGCUAGAACAUCUUUGUCCCCCUCUACCUCCACCUCCACCUCCUCGACACAAAUAUACUGCGGAGUGUGUGCCAGCACACUCAUAGAUACAGACUUUGCAUCUCCAAAGGAAUGUGGUCACAAAUUUUGUAAAUUCUGCUGGCAGAUGCAUUUUGAAAUACAAAUAAAUCAGGGAGUGUCUACUACGAUGAGUUGUAUGUCUCCGGGCUGUGAUAUUCUAGUUGAUGAAGAUCUGGUGCUCAGUAACAUGAGUAAACCUGGUCUAGCUGAGAGAUAUAAACAUCUUUCUUUUCUGGACUAUGUCAGAUGUCACCCCAAUCUCCGGUUCUGCCCUGGUCCUAAUUGUCCAAUCGUGAUAAAGGCUGCUGAGUGUGUUUCCAAGAAUACAGUUUGUACAUUCUGUAAAUCCAGGUUCUGUUUCAAGUGCGGAUAUAGUUACCAUGCCCCGACUGAUUGUGAGACUAUAAAGAGAUGGUUGACAAAGUGUGCCGACGAUAGCGAGACGGCCAAUUAUAUAUCAGCAAAUACUAAGGACUGUCCGAAGUGUAAUAUCUGUAUAGAGAAGAAUGGAGGAUGUAACCACAUGCAGUGCUCCCACUGUAAACAUGAGUUUUGUUGGAUGUGUAUGGGAGACUGGAGAACACAUGGCUCAGAGUAUUACGAGUGCUCAAGGUAUAAGGACAAUCCAAACAUUGCACAUGAGUCUGCGCAUGCGCAAGCCAGGGAGGCGCUCAAGAAAUAUCUUCAUUAUUUCGAAAGGUGGGAGAACCAUUCUCGAAGUAUGAAACUGGAGGCUGUCACACUCGAUAAAAUUAAAAAUAUUAUAACGGAGAAAGUGAUGAGUAGCUGUGGAACCUGGAUAGAUUGGCAGUAUUUGAUAGAUGCAGCUAGUCUACUAGCUAAGUGUAGGUACACUCUCCAGUACACAUAUCCGUACGCGUACUACAUGGACCCCAGCUCUUCCAAGGAACUGUUUGAGUACCAGCAAGCCCAGCUAGAAGCCGAGAUUGAGAAUCUCAGUUGGAAAAUAGAACAUGCCGAGACCACGGACAGAGGAGAUUUAGAAAACCAAAUGGAUAUUGCAGAAAAGCGAAGAACCAGUCUGCUGAAGGAUUUCCUGAAAACGUAAAUAGAAAGACUGAGUUGUGACAGUUUGCGGGAAGUGUGGGAAUUACCGCGAAU